GAAUCAAACAGUAUAGUCACAAACCAUAGAAGCUUAACAGCUUCUCAGUUCUAAUUCUGCUUUAUUCUUUUCUCUCCCUUAUUGCAUAUUGUCAUUAGGAACUGUAAUAGCAGUUCCUUAUGCAGAUUUUCACCCGGCGCCAAGGAGCACUUCUGUGCUUCUGGUUGUCUGUGCUUUUUGUGGUAGUAGAAUUUUGCUAUGGUGACCAUAGCACAGUUGAGGUAGUUGGACUUGGAGAAUGCGCAGACUGCAAGGAAAAAAAUAUUAAAACUAGCCAGGCUUUCUCAGGGCUACGCGUGUCAGUAGACUGCAAGGCAGCAAGUGGACACUUUGAAAGGAGAGGGGUUGGUGAGGUUGAUGAAAAUGGAAACUUCAAAGUGUCCCUUCCUCAUGACAUUGUAAAAGCUGGUGAACUCAAAGAAGAGUGCUAUGCUCAGCUACUCAGUGCAUCAGCUGCACCAUGUCCUUCCCAUGAUGGCCCUUUCAGCACCAAAAUUGUCUUAAAGUCAAAAGCUGAUGACAAACACACCCUUGGUCCAGUUGGGAAACUCAAGUUUUUAUCAGUGACGUGUGCUUCAGCCUUCUUUUGGAAGCACCCCCUCUUGCCUAAGUUUCCUCCUCAUCCUCCUAUCACCUUCCCCCCUAUAGUAAUUCCACCAUUGCCACCGAAGAUUUUCUAUAAGCACCCUCUCUUUCCUCCUUUCCAUAAACCUCUCCCUCCUCCUGUGCCUGUCUAUAAACCUCCUCCAUCCCCACCAAAGGUUGAACCUCCUCCAUCCCCACCAAAGGUUGUGCCUCCUCUUCCACCAAAACCAAAGCCAUGCCCACCAAAGGUUGAGCCUCCUCCAAAACCAAAACCUCCAAAGCCAAGCCCACCAAAGGUUGAGCCUCCUCCAAAACCAAAACCACCAAAGCCAUGCCCACCAAAGGUUGAGCCUCCUCCAAAGCCAAAACCACCAAAGCCAUCCCCACCAAAGGUUGAGCCUCCUCCAAAACCAAAACCACCAAAGGUUGAACCUCCUCCAAAACCACCAAAGGUUGAGCCUCCUCCUCUUCCACCACCGGUUCCAACCAAGAAGCCAUGUCCACCAAAGUUUAAGCAUCCACUUCUACCACCGGUUCCAAUCUACAAGAAGCCACUUCCUCCACUCCCUAAGUUGCCUCCACUCAAGCCACUUCCACCACUUCCCAAACUCCCUCCAAAGCACUUUUUCCAUCAUCCCAAAUGGCCUCCACUACCUCCAAAGUCCUUUUUCCAUCACCCCAAGUAUGGGAAAUGGCCUCCACUACCACCUUUUUCUACUCUUCCUUAGGCUAUAUAUAUUGCAGAGCUAGAUGACUCUCGAUCGGGUCUACAAAAUAUGCAUGCAUGUUUUCUGUCAUCUUUUGUGCUUUCCGUAUCAUCAAGGAUUUAGAACAUCUAUUGUUGCAAAUAAAGUCUCGGAAGGAUAUAUAGGGCAAGUGAAGAAGGGCAUCAGAUGAGAAUAUAGAAUUCAAAAAGAUGAGCAAUGUGAUUAAGAAGUUUGAAGUGGUAUGAAGUUUGAGUGUGAUCAAUUGUUGUUUCGGAUGAAGAUCAUUCUAUUUGUUUUAAAUUAAUGUCACGUGUAUAUAGGUGCAUUAUAUAUGAAUGAAUAAUUAAGCUUCCAAGUGUCUUUUUCA